AUGUCAUCUACCUUCUUGGGCUCAAACUCGAUCGUCAACACCUACAACUCGACCUCUGCCUCCGGCGCCCCCCUUUCCACCGAUGAACCGCUCUUCGCGCCCCUCUCCAACUCGUCCAAUCCCAACCCAUCGCGAGUAUGCUACUUCUUCGACUCCGAUAUCGGCAACUACCACUACGGCCCUGGGCAUCCAAUGAAACCCACCCGCAUCCGAAUGUGUCACUCGCUGGUGAUGAACUACGGUCUCUACAAACGCAUGGAGAUCUUCCGUGCCAAACCAGCGACGAAACGCGAGAUGUCUCAAUUCCACACGGACGAGUACGUCGAAUUCCUCAACCGCGUCACCCCCGAUAAUGUGGACGCCUUUGUGAGGGAACAAGCCAAGUUCAACGUAGGCGAUGAUUGUCCUGUCUUCGACGGGCUGUUCGAAUAUUGUAGUAUCAGUGCAGGUGGGUCGAUGGAAGGAGCGGCGAGGUUGAGUCGCGACAAAUGCGAUAUUGCCAUCAACUGGGCAGGUGGAUUGCACCACGCGAAGAAGGGAGAAGCAAGUGGGUUUUGCUAUAUCAACGAUAUCGUGUUGGGCAUCCUCGAGUUGCUGCGAUACCACCCUCGCGUGUUGUACAUCGAUAUCGACGUGCAUCAUGGCGACGGAGUCGAAGAGGCGUUCUACACAACCGAUCGGGUCAUGACGGCAUCCUUCCAUAAGUAUGGCGAGUUCUUCCCCGGAACCGGCGCGUUGCGCGAUACAGGCAUGGGUCCUGGUAAAAAGUACUCCUGCAACUUCCCUUUGCGCGACGGAAUCACCGACGAAUCCUACCGAACAGUCUUCGAGCCGGUCAUCUCGCAGAUCAUGCAGCACUACCAACCGUCCGCUGUGGUCCUCCAGUGCGGCUCCGACUCGCUCGCCGGUGACAAACUGGGUUGUUUCAACCUGAGCAUGCGCGGGCAUGCGAACUGUGUCGAAUACGUCAAAUCCUUCGGUCUCCCCCUGCUCCUCCUCGGCGGUGGAGGAUAUACCAUGCGCAACGUCAGCCGCGCGUGGGCAUUCGAAACGGGCCUAGCAGCAGGUCAGGAGCUCAACCCGCACAUCCCCGUCAACGAAUACUACGAGUACUUCGGUCCGGACUACCGAUUGGAUGUUCGACCGAACAACAUGGAGGAUCUCAACACGAGGGGGUAUUUGGAUAAGAUCAAGGUGCAAGUGUUUGAGAGUCUGCGAGAAACCGCACACGCACCGUCAGUGCAGGGGCACGUGGAGCCGAGGAGCAUCGCCGAGGGAUGGGCGAAUGAGGAUUUGGGUGGGGAGAGGAUGGGUGAUUUGGGCGAGAAGGGUGGGUUGCAAGGGUUGGAGGAUGCUCAUCCGGAUGAGAGGGUGGUGGAUCGGGUCGAGUUUCAGGAUCAUUCCCGACGCGGGGAUGACGAACUGGAUCGCGAAGGAAGGGCCAACCCAGGAAGGGUGGAGGAGACAGACCAGCACAGGGAGAGAGUGCAACAUCGGUCGAGCGUCAAGAUCUCCGACUGGAGCCAUCCGAAUGCCGAGGCGAGGCAGGAGGCGAUCGAUCGCGAGGUGGAGCGCGGGGCGUUGGAUGAAAGGUUUGGCAGUCAGGCGAUCGAGGAGGCUGCGAGGAAGGAGCGGGCGGGGCAGGAGAAGGUGCUGGCGGGGAUGGAGGAGACGCCUGCGCCCGAGGAGGAGGGGGGCAACGCGGACGGCAGUGGCAAUGAGGUCAACGGUGGCAGUGCAAAGGAGGGCAACGCAGAGGGAGGAGGGGUCAAGGUGGAACCCCCACCCGAGUCGACAGAGGCACCGUCGGAGACGCACGCCGAGACAAAGAUGGACGUCGACGCGUAA